UAAUUUUAUAUAAAUCCUAAUAAAUAUGGUACUCGGACUUGUUAGGUUGCUACCAAAUUUUCCAGAUACAUGCGGCUCUUAUUUCGCACUUUUUUCCCUUUCUCCUCCCAUUCAUGCAUUGUGCACUCAUUCUCCUUACAAUCUUUAAACAUUGCGAUUCUUCUUCCUUCCUGCAUUUUCACAUUAAGGCUCGAACAGUAAAGGUACAGCCAUUGUUCAGGCGUUGUCAUCUCCACUUGAAAAAUGGGUGUUUUUUCCAUGGAUUCUCCAGGAACGUCAGAGCGGAACUUGAAAACUCCAAGAUCUUUUUGAGAUUAAUUUGAAUUUGUAAGAAAAACAAGGCAGCCGGAGCAACGCAAAAGCAUCAUGUGUUCCACUAUACGAGUGCUGAACAGAAUAAAUAUCCACUUGGCAGCCGGCUCUCAAUCCUAUAAUUUAACCAAGUCCAGCGAAGAUGAUUUUGCUGAUUGGUGCGUUACGCUCUCUUUCGUGGCACGUCUUGUCGCCUAUGUUGCAAUUUUGGUGUUGCUGGUGGUGGUUAUAUUUAUGCUAAUGAAGUACUUUGAAGGGUUUGAUGAGGAGAGAACCGGAGAGGAAGCAGAAGAAAGUACUGAAACAAAUCCAUUAUGGGUAGGAAAGACAGUGCAAUUCUCGUAUGGAACUUGUGAAGAAGAUUUGGAGUCAGGAAUUUGUAAAGAUAAUGGUGUUAAUGGAUCAUGUAGUCAUAGUAGUUCCCAAGAAGAAGACUUGUAUGACAAAAAAGUAUGCGUAAUUUGCUAUGAUGAACAACGUAAUUGUUUCUUUGUUCCUUGUGGGCACUGUGCUACCUGUUAUGUCUGUGCUCAAAGGAUUUUCAAUGGAGAAAACAAGACGUGUCCUGUUUGUAGAAGAUUCAUUGGCAAAGUGAGAAAAUUAUUUGCUCCUUAGGGAUUAUUUAUUUAUUUUUUCUUAUUUUCUGGGAGAGGAUUUUGUCAGUAAACCCGUCUCUGAAUUAAUUGACAGAGAUCAGGAUAUAUAACAGACCUCUUGUUUUGUUUCUUGUU